AUGGCGGACGCCAUCCCCCAAACAGAUGUUUCUCGUCCCUCUGCUCUUCCCACUGCAAAUCUUUCGCAGCGCGGAGGCGUUCCACCUGCUUUAGUCGAACAAAAUUCCGUUGAAUAUCUUGACGCGAUUGAGGAAGAAUGGAAUAAGAAAGUCGACGCGGAGGUCGACAUCCUCGUCGACGGUAUGGUGGAUCUUGUGGGAAUAGCUUCAAUACGCGCGGCAAACUCGUUGUUAUCCAUUACACACUCUAUGAAACUUCUUCUCCUUCUUUCGGAUGAAGCGCAGAUAGCCCACCGCCGAGACGCUGAGAUGAAGGUCGUACAGGAAGAAAGAGACGAGGCCAAAAAGCAAGUGGAACAAAUUUUGAAUGAACUAUUGAAAAAACCAAGUGGUUCAACUCAACAACCUGGAGACGGUGCCCCUGAAGCGUUUAAGGAUACUCAAGUCUCAUAA